GAGAAGUAUACUCUUGCAAACCAUCUCUUCUGGGGCUUAUGGGGAAUAAUUUCGGGUCAUGUAAACAAGAUAGACUUUGACUAUAUGGAGUAUGCAAGGCAGAGGUUUGAGCAGUACUGGUCGAGAAAGCCCUUGCUCAUGGGUUCCUGAGGCCAUUUUUCAUGAAGAAGAAAGAAGAAAUCUUAAGUUCUGCUUAAGAUUGACAAAAUACUUGACAUGUAUAAUGAAUGGUGGAGCAAGUUUAGAUAUACAGAGUGGGAAGGAUGCAAAAUAGAAUAGUAUGUAUUAAAGCAUUGGGAGGGUUCAUGGUUUGAUGACUUAGAUCCCUAUGUGAAAUAACAUCCUUCCUCUUCCCUUUGCCUCCCUAUUUAUCUUGUUUACAGUAUAUUAGCUGAUUUACACAGUUUUUGUCUCACAUAACAUUAUAUUGAUUUUCAUAUAAUAGGAUUACAAUCAUAAUUUGUUAUUAAAAUAACUUUUUUUAA